AUGCCCGCAGCAAAAUGCUUUGUGAGGCCAACCUACGGGACUGAUGCUGUUCAGAUCUUCAAGGAUAUCAGAUAUGGGCAGGCUGUCAACCCAUACUCUGGCAAGCAGACGGAGCUGUUGCUCGACCUGUACUCCCCGGGCUACGAUCCGAGACCUGCUCGACCCGCGGUAGUUCUGCUCCAUGGUGGGUAUCUAACUGGAGGUGACAAAACCGGUGAUUCAAUGCCAGACCUGGCUAUCACCCUUGCCCAGCGAGGAUAUUUAGUCGCAAGCAUCAACUAUCGGCUGGCUCCUGUGUCAGCUAUCUCAUUUCAGCUGCUACAUUCGCACCCUGAUCGGGCACAGCAUAUUGUGGAAAUGGUCCAAGAGGAUGCAAAAGCAGCUGUACGUUUCAUGCGAAUGAUGGCGAAGGAAUGGCGGAUUGACGUGAAUCGCAUUGUGAUUGGAGGCGAUUCCGCUGGUGCCAUCGCAGCCCUCUACUAUGCGUACGUCAGUGGCGCCCCAGAAGGAAAUAGUGGCAACGCAGGAUACUCCUCGGCCAUUCAUUCCGUGCUGGCCAUCAGUGGGACUUUACGUGGACAAGCGUUUUGUGGUACAAUUGAUCGGGAGCUCCGGGCGCACAAUUGCAAAAUCCGCUCGCCUCCAGCGCCGGAUGUCGUUUCACAGAUAUCUCGUGGAGACGUGCCCAUGCUGCUAUGGCAUGGAGAAAAGGAUCAGAUUUUACCCAUUGACAAUGCUCGUGCCCUGUGGGAGAGAGCAAAGGCUGUGGGCGUGCCAAGCUUUGUCUUGGCGAUUCACAACGGUGGUCAUGUGCCAAUUUACGAAGGCUUGGACCCAACGAAGCCAUAUCUUGAAAAAUGGUUAAGUUUUGUGGCAGGUUCUCUCAACCUGACUGAAGCACAGUGCCCAUUCUCCCAAGCAGGCACACUCGAAGUGGCGGCUAAGUAA